CCUCUCGCACCCGGAAGUGAAGCCUGGUCUGGUGCGGGAAGUGGGGCGGCAUGCAGGUCUCCAACCUCAACGAGGUGAAGAUCUACAGCCUGAGUGCCGGCCGGAGCCUGCCUGAGUGGCUUUCUGAUAGAAAAAAAAGAGCACUUCAAAAGAAAAAUGUUGAUAUUCAUAGGAGAAUUGAGCUUAUCCAGGAUUUUGAUAUGCCUGCUGUUAGCACCAAGAUCAAGGUGUCACAAGAUGGACAGUAUGUAAUGGCAACGGGCACGUACAAGCCAAGGGUCCGAUGUUUUGAUACCUAUCAGUUAUCUAUGAAAUUUGAAAGAUGCUUAGAUGCUGAAGUGGUCACGUUUGAUAUUUUAUCAGAUGAUUACUCAAAGAUAGUUUUCUUGCACAGUGACAGAUACGUGGAAUUUCAUUCACAACAUGGCCGUUAUUAUAGGACAAGAAUACCAAAAUUUGGAAGAGAUUUCUCAUAUCAUUAUCCAUCCUGCGACUUAUACUUUGUAGGAGCAAGCUCUGAAAUAUACAGGCUAAAUCUGGAACAAGGAAGGUAUUUGAAUUCUCUACAGACAGAUGCUUCAGAGAAUCAUGUAUGCGACAUAAAUCCUGUACAUGGUUUAUUUGCCACUGGGACAGUUGAGGGAAAGGUGGAAUGCUGGGAUCCUAGACUGAGAAAUCGAGUUGGGGUAUUGGAUUGUGCUUUAAACAGUGUGACUGCUGAUCAAGAGAUAGGUGGCCUGCCCUCUGUUUCUGCCCUGAAGUUUGAUGGAAGUUUGAAGAUGGCUGUUGGAACAUCCACAGGGCAGGUCUUACUUUAUGAUCUUCGAUCGAGUAAUCCAUUAAUAAUGAAGGAUCACCAAUAUGGUCUGCCAGUCAAAACAAUCCAGUUCCACAAUGCAUUAGAUUUGAUUAUUUCUGCUGAUUCACGAAUUAUAAAAUUAUGGAACCAGGACACGGGGAAAAUAUUUACCUCCAUAGAACCUGAACAUAAUAUUAAUGAUGUUUGCCUGUACCCUAAUUCAGGAAUGCUGUUCACAGCCAACGAAGCCCCUAAAAUGAACAUCUACUACAUUCCAGUUUUAGGCCCUGCUCCGAAGUGGUGCUCAUUUCUUGAUAAUCUGACAGAAGAACUGGAGGAGAACCCAGAGACAACAGUUUAUGAUGACUAUAAAUUUGUAACAAGAAAAGAUCUUGAAAACCUUGGGCUUUCUCAUCUUAUUGGAUCACCCCUUCUCCGGGCAUACAUGCAUGGCUUUUUCAUGGACAUACGGCUGUAUCAUAAGGUUAAAACGAUGGUAAAUCCUUUUGCCUAUGAGGAAUACAGAAGGGAGAAAAUUAGACAGAAGAUAGAAGAAACACGUGCACAAAGAGUGCAGCUAAAGAAACUUCCCAAAGUUAAUAAAGAACUUGCACUGAAGUUGAUUGAAGAGGGAGAAGAGGAACCACAAAAUGCUAGAAAGAGGAAACAGAAGAAAAUGCCUAGCAUUCUUAGUGAUGACCGCUUCAAAAUCAUGUUUGAGAAUCCUGAUUUCCAGGUGGAUGAGAAGAGUGAAGAGUUUAGGCUGCUUAAUCCACUUGUUUCUAAAAUAAGUGAGAAAAGGAAGAAGAAAUUAAAGAUGUUAGAGCAUCAUGAAGCUCUGGGAGAGGAAGAAGAGGAAGAGCCAGAAGGAAAACCAAGUGAUGCAGAAAGUUCUGAGUCUUCAGAUGAUGAAAAAGGAUGGGUUGAAGAGGUCAGGAAACAGCGCAGACUUCUAUGCCAAGAGGAAAAAGUAAAACGGCAGGAAAGGUUCAAGGAGGAUCAGAAAACCGUCCUGGAACCAAAGUUUUUUGAGAUUAAAGCUGGGGAAGAAUUUAGAAGUUUCCAAGACACGGCCAAAAGGCAAAAGUUAAUGAAAAAGUCACUUGAAGAUCGCUUGCAACUUGAAGAGAGGGUUGGUGCACUUAGUGUACAUGAUACCACUGUAGGAAGUAAACAAGUUACCUUUAAAUUAAAAAAGUCUGAGCAACAUAAAAAGCAGCAAGAAGCAGAGAAACUCCAUCAUGAGGAGAGGAAAAAACUCAGGCGGUCAGCUGGCCAUCUCAAAAGUAAACAAGGAAAAAGGCGACGCUUCCAUUGACAGAGUAAUUCUGCUUACUUCCUCAGGGGGACUCAGAAAUUUGUUUUAAUUCAUGGACAAAAAUCAAAAGCUCUUCAAAUCCACUAUGGCAGAGGAGAACAAUCCACAGCCUAACUAUGCUGUGGGGAGGCAUAGCGAAUCUCCUGUUUUGCACCCGGCAUAUUACAGUAAUGUUUCUGGAGAGACAGCAGCUGGUUAUUGUAUAACCUUUUGUGUGGUGGCUCAUAGGUGUACAUGGCUAUGUGAACCGGAUUCAACCUUUUAAAAAAUAAACAUUAAUAGUAAUGUGGU